AUGUCUUCCACCGUAAUUCCAAUUAUUUUUGAGUCCUACCCUGACCGUGGGUUCAAGGCGUAUAGCGUCGUGUUGGGUGCAUGGCUGGCUCUAUUCCCAGCCUCAGGUCUCCUCAACUCGACUGGUAUUUUCCAAGCAUGGCUCCUGGUCAAUCAACUCGAUAAAUACUCGGAGCCCCAAAUCGCGUGGAUAUUCAGCACUUUUGCCUUUCUUUUCUUCUUUGGGGGCAUUCAGGCGGGUCCAAUAUUUGAUAGGUAUGGCCUCAAAUACCUGCUUCCCACUGGAGCAUGUGGCUUGGUGGUGUCGCUGUUUAUGCUUGCCUUUGGGUGUCUGGGAGGUCUGUCUUCUUCGAUCAUAUGGACCACCAGCAUCGCCACCCUUGGACAUUGGUUCAUGCAAAAUCGUGGUUUAGCGACUGGUCUAGCAACAACUGCUGGUGGCAUCGGAGGUCUAUGCUAUCCCCUUGCCUUUUCGCAUCUCUCACGUCUAGUCGGCUUUCCCUGGACGAUGCGAUGCUUUGCGCUAAUCACCUUGCUGUGCUUUCUAGCUAGUCUGCCCUUGCUCAAGACACGGCUCCCAGCAAAUCCAACAUCGCGGCUUGUUCUCGACUGGAAAGGCUUCAAAGAUUCCAGGUUCACACUGACAAUGAUGGCAAUAUUUAUCCUGGAUUGGGCUGUUUUGGUGCCUCCAGCAUACAUGACCACAUACUCCUCUUUCCAUGGACUGAAGGACCUUUCCCCCAACAUACUAGCGAUUUUGAACUCAGCAUCGACCUUGGGACGUUGUCUACCCGGAAUCGUUGCCGACAAGUUUGGUCGAUUCAACGUCAUGAUCAUUUGCGCAACUCUCUCUACCUUGUCAAUAUUUUGCCUAUGGCUUCAAGCAAGGUCUAAUGCCGCUGUUGUCAUUUCCUUCGCUGUAACUUAUGGCUUUUUCAGCGGCACAGCUUUCAGCUUGACACCAGUAUGUGUAGCUCAGCUCUGCAAAACAGAGGAAUAUGCUACCAGAUAUGGCACGGCCUACGGUGUGGUGAGCUUUGCCACAUUGGCCGGAGUUCCUAUCUCAGGAUUGAUCUUAGGAACAAGUGACGGCAACCACUACAACGCCUUAGUUCUCUUCUGUGGCACGGCAUAUGCAGUCUCGGCUCUUUUGUUCCUUUUUGCCAAGGGAGUUAGUAAGGAUUGGAGGCUCUUGUCUGUCUUCUAG